AUCGUGUCCAAGAACGCUAUGCAGUACCGUGGGAAUGCCCAGCACGAUGCGCAGGAGUUCCUGCUUUGGCUCCUAGACAGAGUCCACGAAGAUCUGAACAACGUAGUGAACUCCAGCGGCAUGCCUCCGCUCAAGCCACCACUGGAGGAUGAUGUGCUGCUCGAGGGACCAGCCUUUCCAAUCAGCAGUACUUUUGUGCAGGAACUCUUUCAAGCCCAGUACAGGUCCUCUCUGACGUGCCCUCAUUGCCAGAAGCAGAGCAACACCUUUGACCCUUUCCUCUGCAUCUCUCUGCCGAUUCCCCUGCCUCAUACACGGCCGCUGUACGUCACCGUGGUGUACCGGGGGAAGUGCUCGCACUGCAUGCGCAUCGGGGUGGCCGUGCCCAUCUCGGGGACGGUGGCCAGGCUGCGGGAGGCUGUGUCCUCGGAGACCAAGAUUCCCACGGAGCAGAUCGUGCUGACAGAGAUGUACUACGAUGGGUUUCAUCGUUCUUUCUGCGACACUGAUGACCUGGACACCAUUCAUGAAAGCGACUGCAUCUUUGCCUUUGAGACCCCGGAGAUAUUUAGGCCUGAGGGUAUCCUCAGUCAGAGGGGAAUACACGUGAACAAUAACCUGAAUAACUUGAAAUGUGGCACUGAGCACUCCCGAACAAUAUCGUACUCUCAAGGAACAGUGAAGUCUGUAAAACUGGAACAGUCCUCUACUAAACCAGCAGCAAGCGACAAGAUUGUGUUGCUGGUGUGUAACAGAGCGUGCACUGGGCAGCAGAGCAGAAGGUUUGGCUUGCCCUUUGUGUUGCAUUUGGAAAAAACAAUUGCUUGGGAUAUUCUGCAGAAGGAGAUUCUGGAGAAGAUGCAGUAUUUCCUGCGACCUGCAGCCUGCAUGCAGGUUUGCCCGUUCAGCUUGCGCGUGGUCAGUGUUGUGGGCAUAACGUACUUGCUACCUCAGGAGGAGCGGCCCCUCUGCCAUCCAACCGUGGAAAGGGCAUUGAAAUCAUGUGGACAGGGGGGAACUGCUCAUGUGAAACUAGUGGUGGAAUGGGACAAAGAAACUAAAGAUUUCUUGUUUGUGAAUACAGAAGAGGAGUAUAUUCCAGACUCCGAAAGUGUCCGCCAGCAGAAAGAGCUUCAUCAUCAACCUCAGACCUGCACUUUAUCUCAGUGUUUCCAACUGUACACCAAAGAGGAACAGCUUGCCCCAGAUGACGCAUGGCGAUGCCCACACUGCAAGCAGCUGCAGCAGGGUAGCAUCACACUGAGCCUCUGGACCUUGCCUGAUGUUCUCAUCAUACAUCUCAAAAGGUUUAGACAGGAAGGAGACCGAAGGAUGAAACUUCAGAACAUGGUUAAAUUCCCCCUGAGUGGCUUGGACAUGACUCCUCAUGUUGUUAAACGCAGUCAGAGCAGCUGGAGUCUGCCAUCCCACUGGUCACCCUGGAGGCGACCCUACGGUCUCGGGAGGGAUCCCGAGGACUACAUCUAUGACCUGUACGCUGUCUGCAAUCAUCACGGCACCAUGCAAGGGGGACACUAUACAGCAUAUUGCAAAAACUCGGUCGACGGACAGUGGUACUGCUUUGAUGACAGCGAUGUUCAGCAGCUUUCUGAAAAUGAAGUCUGCAAGCAGACAGCUUAUAUCCUUUUCUACCAGAGACGCACAGCAAUCCCGUCGUGGUCUGCUAACAGCUCUGUGGCAGGCUCCACAAGCUCCUCGCUCUGUGAGCACUGGGUCAGCCGCCUCCCUGGUAGCAAGCAGCCCAGCAUUGCUUCGGCAGCGUCGUCGCGGCGCACGUCUCUGGCUUCGCUCUCGGAAUCGGUGGAACUGACUGGGGAAAGGAGUGAAGAUGAUGGAGGAUUUUCAACUCGUCCCUUCGUACGGAGUGUCCAGCGUCAGAGCUUGUCAUCUAGAUCUUCUGUCACCAGCCCGCUGGCAGUGAGUGAAAACGGUGUCAGGCCCUCGUGGUCGCUCUCGGCAAAGCUGCAGUUGCGCUCCAACUCUCCAUCCCGCUUCUCUGGGGAUUCCCCUGUGCAUACCUCUGCUUCCACCCUGGAGAAGAUCGGGGAGGCUGCCGAUGAUAAAGUCACCACCUCUUGCUUCGGCAGCCUGAGGAACCUCUCGAGCAGCUACUUGGAGCCCUGUGACGGCAGCCGGCGAGAGCAGCGGACGGCUCGCCGGGCGCCCUUGGCUGUCAUGGAAGGGGCAUUCCGGGAAGAGUCUGUGAGGGAAUCUAGCUCAGACCUGUCAGACGGGUGUGGGAAAAGCUCUGUGCAGCCAGACAGGAAUCACCCGGCUUUGGACCCCUUCGAUAACAACAAUCAAAUCGCCUUUGUUGAUCAGAGUGAUUCUGUGGAUAGCUCUCCGGUCAAGGAGGUGAAAGCUCCCAGUGGGACAGGGCUGGCUGCAGAGAGGGUGGAUGGCACCCCUAAGAGGGCUCACAGCUCCAGGGGAGUUUCUGAGCCAGAUAAAAGUUUGAGGAAGGGAAGGACAGUCUUACCUACCCAAGAGACCAAAGUCUCUCACUCUUCUCCUCCUCCACUAAAGAGUUCCCAGAAAGUUUCCCGGUCUAGAAAUAAGGCAGACUCCUCUAGGGCUAGUGGGCGACAUGGGUCUCCUGCUCCCGCUCAGACGAGGAAGGACCACAGCACGAAGCCCCUUGAGGUGGCUGUCCCCUCGGCUCAACAGAAGCAGAAGUCAGGUUCUUCUCCAUCCUCCACAGCUGCCAAGAAAACCCCCUCAGGCUCAUUGACUAAGGGCUCUUCUGCUGGGAGGAGCCGGACUUCAGAGCGAAGCCUCAGCAGGGAGGGCUCUAAGAUAAGCCUGGGGUCGGAUAAAACGAGCGUUACCAGCAGUUCAAGAACGAGCUCCCCGCGGAUAAGCCACUCCAGGAGUGACAGCAGGGCAGUAGACAGCAAGCACGUGCGGAGUUCCUCUAUGGCCAACCUGCGGUCUCCCAACGUUGGCGUGCGUUCUGGUUUGAAGAGGGACAGCAAGUCGGAAGAGAAAGGAUUGUCUUUCUUUAAAUCAGCCUUAAGGCAGAAGGAGACCCGGAGGUCAGCAGACCUGGGAAAGACAACAAUGCUCUCAAAAAAGACAGCGAGUGGCGGUUCCAAGUCAGGCAGUAAAACUGUGCUGGAGGACAAAUCGGAGAGAGGUUUUGUCCCUCCAGCCUCUCAAACCAAUGCCAACGUUACUGCAAAAGAAAAACUUGUCCCAAAAGAUGCCACACCCAACAAACAUUCUCUGCUAUCCAGUCGCAAGUCCAAGUCUUCCCAGGUAGAUCCCGGAGUCCAGUCUCCUCCUUCCAGUGGCAAGCAGUCUGCUGACAAGCCGCUGAAAAAAUUACCUUCCAGCAUGCAGGUGUCUGUACGGCCUUCUCUGGAACCUCAGUGA